GGUCGCGUGUACUUUGGCGAACGAUUUGAACGUCUUCAAUCUAUGGGUGCUGUUCUUGGUGUACGUUGCAAAAAUAUUUCUCCAAGAUCACUAUGCGAGCAAUGAUAUUACUUUUCAACGGCACUUAUCAAAUGUUGUUGAUCAUCUGAACUCAUUUUAUACCAAUUCUAAUAAGAUAAGACUCUACAAACGGAUAUUUCCCCACGACAUGAUGGCAGGUACAGGCUACCAGAGAUCUCGGAAGGUGUCAAUGCCUGCUCUUCACUUCAGCAAAAUGGACUGUUCAAAUGACUUUACCGAUGCAAUCAAGAGUCGCUCGAUUAGCACGAGUACUCCAAUGGCAUCAAAAUCACUCUCUCCUUUGAGCUUGUAUUCACCUGGUAAUGACAGUGGUUAUCCUGAUUCUCUUGUGGAUACUAUGACAUCAACAGACCUUUUAAAUGACUCUACUUUUCUUGAAACCACACCCAUGGUUUCAACAGACUGUGACUUACCAGAGGAUAAAGCCUAUCCAUUACAUAACUCAAAAUGUGACGAUAUAUGUGAAAUUGAUUGUGCCUGUUCAACCUCCCUUGAACAUGACUGGGAAAUUCCAGAAGAGGAAGAAGUGUUUGAGAAGCGGCAUAAACGUCUUUCUGACUUUCCAAGAUACAGUUUGGAAUUUGAGUCUGGUGACCUUGACUCCAGUUUUGGUGCAUCUGGUUUAGCGGACAGGUUGGAUUCGGUUGGCAUACAUGAUGUCAUCAAACACUUCUCCCCUAAAGAACCUGACCGUCUUAUUGGGAGGAAGGUGGGACUGGAGAGGGUUGAUAUUUUGACAGAAAUGCAUUCAAGGAGCAUUGAAGGAGUGUCUCUUGUACUUUCAUACCUGGAACCAAAAGUAUUGUGCAGGAUGAGAGCUGUAUCCCGGCAGUGGAAGUCUAUUUGUGACACAGAUACCCGAGCUAGUGCUAGACGUCACAAGUACAUCAAAUCUCUCAAGUCAAGAGCUGCCUCUGUUGGAAAGGAGAAUCUCGGAAAAUCAAAGCUGCGACACCGACGCCUAACACCAGGAGGACUCCUGACAUCAGUUCAACACACACCUCGAUCACCAAAGAAGAUGCAAGUUGUCAACCUGUUUACUCAGCAUGCUCAGGUUGUUUCUUCUCUGAAAAGCGACGACACAUUACGACACUGUCCAAGGUGUAAUUCAGCAGCCAAAACACAUUGUGAUCGUGGUGUGUGUAUGAACGACAAAUGUAAAUUUGAUUUCUGUGUGAAGUGUUUCUGUGAGCACCAUGGAGCUCGGAACUGUGUGCCAGUGGCACUCAAGAAAUCCAAACUGGACUCGGUAGGCUCAAAGAAGAGCAAGAAAAAUCUUCGAAGGUUAUAGCAGUUAAUGCAAAAAGAAACCUUCACCCCCACAGCAGCUUUGCUGGACAAAGCUAAUCCAUCCAUACUGUAGAUGCAGCUUGAGCUGACCAACAGACUGACGGAAGUGCAAUACGGUUAAUGUGUUCAUAAUGACAUGGUGCUGGCAUCAACAAAUUAACCACAGUAUUCUUGAGGUGACAAUGACGCAAACACAUCUGUGACAACUACAGCAAUAACUCAGGAUGUGAAUCUCAAAGAUUUGAUACUAGGUUCUUUUUACAGAACAAUUGUUGCAUAUAUGAAAUGAUCUCAGCGAUGCAUAUCAUAUCAAAAGACAUUCCUCCACGGAACAUACAGUAUUUUGUUAAAUACACAUGUAGCUCAUUCAGAUCAUUACAUAAUGACCUACACAUCAAUCCUAUAUUAAUUUAUGGAAUCAAAUGAAUCAGUAUAGAAAUCCAUCCUGAAAUUAUCUUGUACUGCCAUACCACAAGUAUUUAUUUUCUCGCCAAAAGAGUCUUUCAAAACCAAAGAAUUUUAGUGUGUGAAUGAGAUUGGUAUGAAUGAGUCUUUGUUCACUCUUGUACAUAUGUUUCAUGAUUGUGAACAAGACAUAUGUGCAUGUCCUGCUUGAUUAAGAGACAUUGUUUUAUUCAUUUGUAAAUGUGAAAUUUACAAUAAAUGGACAUGCUUGACAGGGUUGAUUGGAAUGACAUUUUUAAUGAAUACCUGAUUAUUUUGAUUGAAAUAGCUUAUUUUAAUAUAGAAUUGUGGACGGGAAAAAAUGGGACAUUUUUAUGGAGUAUGAAUCAACCUUGUGAAUGUUUUAUCUCUUCUUCAUGAACUUGGCAUGUGACAGGACCAUAACAAGUGGUCUAGGAAGAUGUGAAUACAUUUUUGCAUGGCAAGUUCAUGAAGAGGCUAUUCAUUGUCAUUGUUAGUGAAUGCCAAGUGUUGAAACAAAUAAACUGUUAUAAAACUAA